CCUCCGGGGACAGAGAGGCCGGAAGUUGUUCUCACAGAACCGUGCGGCUUUUGCGGUGGCCGAGCUGAGGCUGCCCGAGGCAGGUUUGCAGGCGGCAGAGGGUCGGCGCGACGGCCUCCGGGGUCCUGCGCAGGGCCAAUGGCGUCUCGCGCAGGCCCGCGAGCUGCCGGCACCGACGGCAGCGACUUUCAGCACCGGGAGCGCGUUGCCAUGCACUACCAGAUGAGUGUGACCCUCAAGUAUGAAAUCAAGAAGCUGAUCUACGUGCAUCUGGUCACAUGGCUGCUGCUGGUUGCCAAGAUGAGCGUGGGACACCUAAGGCUCUUGUCACAUGAUCAGGUGGCCAUGCCCUAUCAGUGGGAGUACCCGUAUUUGCUGAGCAUUGUGCCCUCUCUCUUGGGCCUCCUCUCCUUCCCCCGCAACAACAUUAGCUACCUGGUGCUCUCCAUGAUCAGCAUGGGGCUCUUUUCCAUUGCUCCCCUCAUUUAUGGAAGUAUGGAGAUGUUCCCUGCUGCACAGCAGCUCUACCGCCAUGGCAAGACCUACCGCUUCCUCUUUGGUUUUUCUGCUGUCUCUGUCAUGUACCUGGUGUUGGUGCUGGCCGUCCAGGUGCAUGCCUGGCAAUUAUACUACAGCAAGAAGCUCCUGGACUCCUGGUUUACCAGCACACAGGAGAAGAAGCGUAAAUGAAGACUGCCUGAGGGACUGAUUUCUGGAGUAAAGCCUGGGCCUCCCAUUGAGUGGAGUGAGAGGGUAGAGGAGCUGUUCUAAAAUUUCCUUUGGUGAUUUUGGCAGCUGUGAUGUUGGCAAAUAGCUCAAACUAGGCCCAAAUUCUAGAAAGUUCCUCCUGUUGUCAUCAGCUGAGGUGGGAGAACUGUAUUUAAUUUAUUCCUGGUUGGCUGGAACUAGGUGAUGAACAGUUGUAAGACAAACUUCAGCUAGUUGCAGUUAAGGCCCUUCAGGUUUUUCUUUUAAGAGACUCAUCGCCUCUUCUUGGUCAUUCUCUCCCCUUUCAUCUAUUACCCCUUAGACACUGAGACUAAAGGAGAUAUGGAAUGAACCAAAUUCUACUUCAAUUUAUGGGUCAUUGGGCAGGAAACAUUUCGGAGGCUGCUUGCCCUGUAGGCUGUGGUCUCUACUGUGAAGCAUUUUAAUUAAAAAGAACCUCAAUAAAGUUAUAACUGCCCUGUC